UUAAUUUUGUUUAUUUCAGAUCACAAAGAGGCCUCACAAGCUUGAAGUCUGAAAACAUCAAUGACAAAUGCGCAGGCUGCAGCAAUAUCCAAAAGUGAAGCGGCUGUAGUGUCGGCUAUGACUAAUGUGUACUUUGCUGCACAACAUACUCUCGCAUCAUCGCUGGUUCAAGACCUGAACAGAUUGUGUGUCUUGCAGGGUGCAACCCAGCUCAAUGACCUUCGAGUUGACAGCCACACGUCAUAUGAACACAGCUCCAGUGUGUCGGAAUUUCAAAACUGUAUGGCAGACGUUCUGAGGAGUGAUCUUCUCCAGAAGAUACAGACAUCAUGCAAGUACAGUAUCCAGAUUGAUGAGAGUACAGACAUUUCAGUGAAACAAAAUUUAGUGACCUAUGUUAGACUUUUGGAACCUGAUGAGUUUGGAAUGGCUUUGCCACAUACUUACUUUUUAGGUGUGGCUGAACUUCAAAGAGCAAAUGCAGAGAGCAUAUAUGAGAAUGUAGUUAAUUUGCUUGGUAGAAAGGGAAUUGACAUCCAACAUCUCAGAAAUUCUAUUAAAAUUGAAAACUUGGAGAACUUGUUGAUUUUGUCCAUAGACAGCCCACCAAUGGAAAAGUUUGAUUUCAAACGUGCUUUCAAGAUUUGGGCUUCAUUGAAGUUGAGAUGGAUUAUGGCCUUCUGCUAAAAUGUAUGUUCAGGAUAUCAUGUGCCAGGGUUUUUUCUGCCAAAUUUUGGGAAAAGGAGUGUGACUAAAUUGGGAAUUUUUUAUCGACAAAAUUGGCCAUUUUGGGAAUUUUUGCUUCGAUGAAACGGCUCAUUUGGGAAAAAAUUGUGAAUUUAUCAUGCUUAAAUAAUUCAGUGGUUUAACAAAUAAAUUUGUUUUUAUUUGUUAUUUUGACUUCUUUAAAUAAACAGAUGCAAUAUUGGGCAUGUUCAAGGUUUAUUCAAGUACUGCAGUUUUGUUUUUCAGUUACAGUUACAUUCUGAGAUAAGAACCGAACAGUCAAAACCUUAUAGCAGAUAUUUUUACCAAAACAAACACUGGUUACU